AUGGGAAAGAAACAAUUAGCAAAACAAUAUGUUGAUCAAUUAGAAUUAGUUUGGGAUCAAUUGCUACAGAGUCAACUUGCUGCUGGUGCAGCUGGUGGAACACAUACAACAAUCAACAAAGAAACUCUUAAAGAUGAUCAAGAGUUACAGAAAUACUUGCAAUCAUUUAAAUACGAAUUGUUUAAUAGCUUGAUAAGCAACUAUGAGGUGGUAUCUCCUCCACCACCUCCACCUAUUGUAGAACCAGAACCUCUUCCUCCUCCACCACCAGUCACAUCGUCGCAGAUGGAACUCAUCAAAGAGGUUGAACAACAACAAGCAGAUCCCCUUUUGGUCAAGACACAUGCUUCUCUAUUGACAGAGCUUCAAUCUGUCGUUGCAAAAGUACAAAAAUUAAGAAUGGACGUACCAUCAAUCGUCAAUGCAGAGAUGGCUCAAAGUAUACAAAAACAAUCACCAACCAUUAUAAAUACUUCUGUUUCAUCCUCUUCUAAUAAUAACAACAAUAAUAAUAAUAAUAAUAAUAAUGAUGCAGACAAUAACAACAAUGUAAUAACAGUUUUAACCGAUAUAAAUGGUAAUAUUGAUAGUAUAGAUAAAGAUUCACAAUCAAUAUUGGAAAUGAUGGAAAAAGUUAUACUAGAUACAAAAGAUAUUCAUGAUGCUGCAUACCAACUUCAAUCCUAA